GUGCCUGUAUUAAAAACAUUCAGUGUCAGAUCUAUCCUUUAUCUAGUCAAUGGUCAGAUACAAAUAGUUCAUUUCGCACAGUGUGAAAAAUACUACUUUAUCUUCAAAAUAUUCACUAUUUACUGACAUCGUUUUAAAAAGAAAAGUACAUAAUUAUUUGACAGCGAGCGAUAGUAACAUUUUGACAGAUGCCAAGCGUUAAAGAUGAAUCUGAGGCAGAAGGAGAAGAAAUGUCUCACGACAGCAAUGAAAGUAAUCAAAGCUCCGCGUCGUGUGACAGUAGUGCAGAACAUAGCGACAGUGAUGAUUCUUCGGAGAUGGAUGAGGAUGAAUGUGAAAGGCGACGUAACGAAUGCAUGGAAAACUUGGUAGAUUUGGAAAGACAAUUUACGCUUCUCAAAGAACAGCUUUACCGUGAAAGAAUUACCCAAGUAGAUACAAAAUUGGGGGAAGUUCGAGUUGGAAAGUCUGAAGAAUAUUUAGUACCGUUGGAACGAUUAAAAGAAAAUAUGAAAACAAAAACAGAAGUAGCUGGAAUACUAAAGCAAUAUAGACUACAAAAUAUCCAAAAUAAAUUCUUAGCGGAAGAACAAGCUGCAUUACAGAAUUUUGAAAGUGAAAAAGAAUUAAUUUGGGAUUGCAUCCAUAAUGAUUUACAAGAAAAGAUACGUAGACUAGAAGAAGAUAGGAAUAAUGUUGAUAUUCAUGCAGAUCUGUGGUUAAAUUCUAAUGGUAGAAGGCGCAGAAACCACACUGAAAGAAGAAGAGCUGUUUCAGUUGCCGGACCUUAUAUUGUUUACAUGCUUAAUGACGCGGACAUCCUUGAAGAUUGGGCAUUGAUAAAGAAAAGUCUAAGCAGUCGAAAAACUGAAAUAAUAUAAUACAUACUAAGUAUACAGUUACAUAGACGCAAUUUUUUAACAUAUAACAAUCUUGAUGAUGUUAAUGUGUCGCCCUUUUAUAGGUAUAGCGUGUAUAAAACAUAUUAGAGCGAUAACAUUACCUUCAUUUUAGAAUACUGGCACUUCCUUUACAUUUGUAACAUAAAUAUAGAGUGCCUUCUGUAAAACACUUUGAUCUCUGUAGAACUACUUUAGCCGAUAGAGUAAUGGUGUAAAUGGACUGACGGAAGAAUCUGAUAACAGAAAUAUCUAUGCCUUUGAAAACGUAAUUCAGAAACUAAUAAAAUAUUAAUUUCUUGUGAAUAUAA